AUGCGGCUCCCUCCCGUUGAGUCAGGUCCGGCGGCCAUGACGCGCCGCAACUACCUUGUCGAGAUGAACCGCCUACGCGUGUCGCAGUAUGCGCCGACGCGGCGGCAGCUAGAGGAGGAAGACCUGCGCAUCGCCACGACCCGCCAAGAGGAGAAGCGUGCGAAACAGGCAGAGUGGACUCAGUCGCGCAAGAAGGCGGCGGACAGCCACGCUGCUGCGGCUGCCGCCUCUGGUCGCUUACUUCCUGGCGGCUGUCUGCGUUCGAUGGGUGCCUCUGGCAGAAGGCCGUCGGUAGAGAACACCUACAAACUGCAGAAGGAGGAGGAGGCAGCGAAAAAGCGGGAGUACAACCGCCUGUACGACCAGGAGGCGAGGCAUCAGCUGGCGGUUCGCGAGGCGACAUUGAAGCAGAUGCGCGAUGAGGAAGCCCACCAGGUAGAGGAACUGCGAAAGGUGAACGCCGAGCAGGACCGUAUGGCGGCCGAGGCGCACGCCAAGGCGAUGGAAGAGGAGCGUCAAUACCUGGAGCGCAUGAGACAGUCGAACAAGCGCGAGCUGGCAGCCAAGAAGGCAGAGCAGCAGGCGAAACACGCGCGUGACCAGCAGCUGCAGGCGCUCGUAGACGAGAACAGCCGCCACCGCGCAGAGAUGGACGAGCGCCGGCAGAAGAACGUCACACGCAUGCUUCAGCUGCAGAAUGAGGAGUUUCACAAGGAGGCAAUGAAGAAUAGGCAGGCCUCUGAAGCAAAGCACUACGAGGAGGUAGCCGCAAUGGAAGAACGCAACCGUCGUCUCACAAAGGAGGAGCAGGAGGCGGCGCAGCGCAAGAAGGAGCAGUUCUGCAAGGAGUUCGAGGACUGCAUCGCACGCGACAAGGAAUACCGCCGUACGCACAACUACGACGAGCCGGAGGAGGUGACGCGUCAGCGUAACGAGCUGGCGGCCCAGUCCUACCGCCUCAUCCUUGAGGAGGAGCGGCUGCAAAAGGCGGAGCGCCGCCAGCAGUACCGCAAGGACUUGAUGGACCAGAUCAUGGCAAAGCAGACCUACCGCAUGACGCAUCUGGACGAGCCUGGUAUGUAG